UAGGCCGUCAAAAAUCUCUUUUCGACAGGUCUUUUGUUGGGGUUGCGCUAAAUUUUUUGUUUGAAGAAUGUCCAGGAUUCCAAAAUUUGGUGGAGAUAGAUCUGGACGGGCUGCUGCUAGCACCAGCAGGACGAUCCCAGAUCGUUCCUCUUACUUCCAACACGAGUCGCUAUGCGAUCCCUGCGCGCCGCAAUCCAGUACAAGACCGGAAACGUAUUCGAGAAUUGGUUCGCGAGUUCGUCAGCUUAGAACUCCCCAAGUUACCUCUACGCCACUGGCGACACGCGCGCAAAGACCGGACGGAGUCGCUACGCCACUGCCCGAAUCCUUAGCAGCCCGGCCAGGUCGGUACGUCGUGCCGGCCGAGUAUGGGCCGCGAACCGUUAAAGGCAUGGGGAUGACGUACUCCAGCCCGCAAUCGCUGCGGGGGCAAAUGGAGGCCGCCCUACCUAAACACCUCAAAUAUUCGACCUCCAAACCGCCGCACGGGUUCAUGGACAGAAGGGCCCUACAGUCCACGCAACUCGAAGAUCUGUUUUCGGGAAGUUUCCACGUCUACGAGCGUGGACCCCCUAGACAUGACCCGUCGGGCAUUCCUUUCGAAGAUCCCGACGUGCUGGAACAACAGGUCGAUCCGGAAUUGGUGGCUGAACUUUUCGGCAUGUCUGCAGCGGACGUAUCUGUCGUCGAAGAUCGAGCGGAAACGGACCUCAUAAACAUGUCGAUGCAAGACCCGGGUGCCACGGUGUACACUAGAGGGCACGACGUCCAAGAAAUACCCCAGCAAACGAUACGUACCCCCAGCGGCUUAGAGCCCAUCCUCCAACAAACCUACACGGAGAAAAGGGUGGACAAACAACGAGACGCGGAGAAGAUUGUCCGGAACAUCUCAGUCGUCGAAAUUGACGAAACGACAGGUCAAGCAGUCAGAGUCACCAUGAGCGCCCAACAAAUAGAUCCGGACUACGGACUGCCAUCACAGGGAAGGGAUGUGACUAGUGUAAAAGAAACUAUCGCGGUAACACCGAGCUACACGACCACAGCGAGGGACGUCACCAGAGAAGUUACAAGGCUAACGGUAGACCUGGACCCCGUCGAACUAGAGCGAUUGGUCGAAGAGGAAACGGAAGACGUGGAUAACACGCUGAAGAUGGCGCCGCCGGAGCUGCCGCUGUCGCCGGAAAAGUACGGGAUUAAAAAGCGGCUCCGCAAGCUGCGAAUGAAUUCCGAAUCGAUGGCUUUGUUGGAGCAGUCCGUGGUCAAUCCGAUGCCGACAGCGGACGGAGCCCUAAGCGAAACACCGCCGGAAGCUAUAGCGACGAUAUUGCACGCCAUCGAGAGUGGGGUGGCGCCCCAAUGUACUCCCGAUCAAGUUUUCAAUUCGCUAUUCGAAACCAAAUUGCCGGAACGCGCCAUAACUUUGAGUUCCGUGGGUCCGGGACCCCUGCAAGACGUGGUCGUACCCCACGAGCUAGAUAUGAACGUCCACAAGGAAGCGAUGACGGCGGACCUCAACAAACUCACAGACGUGUAUAGAAAUACAGCCAAUAUCGAGGAGCUGCCGUAUGUCGACAUAUUUACCAAGGUCAUGGAAGGUGCUUUAGACUCUACCCCCGGGAAAGGUAGAACCACAAGACCGUUCAAGCCGAUUAUGGACGAGGAAUCGCCUUGGGGCGACGAAGACAUUGAGGCCAUAGUUAACACGGUCGGAGCGGAACCCAUCGAGAUCUUGGACCCGAUCGAUAUUUCCGAAUUGGCAGAUUUGGAAAAAUUGGAAACGGAACUGACCAAAGGUAUCGAGUACUUCGUCGACGUCGACCCGGUACCGUACGUUUCGAGGGUGCAAUUGCGGGGUACCCAUCAUCCCGCUUGGUUCCCCGGUUAUGUUUACGCUUUGCCCGAGUUUUCGAGCGUGGUGAAAUUGGCCAGGAAUCCCGACGAGGUCUUCUAUUCUAGCUGGAAAUCGUGUCAGCCGAGGAUGAUACCCGAUCACUCCUUAUCUAUUUCACACUGAUUGGUAAUAAAAUACGUACACUGUAAGCU